AUGAAUCUCUCGGCCAUCAGAGAAAUCAAACUACUUCGUGAGAUUGGCCACCCAAAUGUUCUUUCUCUUUUGGACGUCUUCAGCCAAGACUUCGGAAUUUGCCUCGUCUUCGAGUUUAUGGAAUCAGAUCUGGAGGCAGUAAUUCGUGAUCAGACGGUGGUUCUCACACCCGCCAACAUUAAAUCUCUGAGUCUCCAAGUAAUUCUCAAAUUUGGACCACGUUUGCAUUUGGAACUUGUGAAAGGUUUUCUAACACUCCCCUUCGAGAUUUUUUACAAGCAGCUCCUCGCACUGUCCUUUUACUUAGGCUGUGUUGGAGGGAUGCUAUAA